CAAGAAUCCAUAGAAUCGUAACGCAAGAUCUUAAAAGAAACAAUUUUUGCUCUUUUGCCUGGAAUAUAAUAUUCAAAUAACGUUCGAGCAAAAGCAAAGGCAUAUUAUUUAUUUGUAAGCUGAUAUUUAGCAGUGUUGCUUUGGAUAUUGUGAAAAUGGCAGAAGCUGCGAAAAAACGAUUGGCGUUCCAAAAGAGUUAUAGUCAAGAGCACGGUGGCUCCUGGAAACACAGAAGCCUUAUCGAAGACGCCAAAUUUGAACGUCUAACAAACGCUGAAUAUGAAAAAGUUGAAAAAGAAAAAGAACGAGAAAGACGGGCGUCGCUUUCAGAAGAUGAAGAAAUCAUUGAGGAACUUCAAUUUCGAAAUGGUGUUGAAGAUGAUGAAGAUUUGAAAACCCGUGAAUUACAAAAGUGCACCCUGUUGCUGACAUUAAGAGAUGGCUUGGGCUCACUAUCUCGUAUACUGCGAAUAUUCGAGCAGCACGCACGAUGUUCUAUCUUACAUAUUGAAUCUAGGCAGUCCAAAAAGACAGGGGCUCUGUAUGAGGUGUUGAUGUUAUUCGAAGCAACAAAAGAAGCUGCACUUAUUAUUGUCAAGGCUCUGAAGCAGUCAUCUGCUUUACAUGACGUCAUAUCACUGAAUGAAAGCACCAUUCCGAACUCAGUCCCGUGGUUCCCCACGCACAUUUCCGACCUUGAUAAAUGUCAUCAUUUACUCACUAAGUUUGAACCUGAUUUGGACUCAAAUCAUCCGGGAUUUUCUGACCCAAUUUACCGAGCUAGACGAACCAAGGUUGCUGAAAUAGCCUUCAAAUACAGAUGGGGUCAGACUAUUCCAGAGGUAGAGUACACCGAGGAGGAUAUCCGUACGUGGGGCGUUGUUUACAGAAAACUGAAGGAGUUGUUCCCAACACACGCCAGUAAACGCCAUGUGAAGGUGUUUACACUUCUAGAGAAGGAAUGUGGAUAUAGCGAGAACAACAUACCACAACUAGAGACUGUCUCCAACUUUAUGAAAAAAAAAUCUGGGUUCCAACUUCGUCCCGUAGCUGGUCUUUUGUCUGCACGCGACUUUCUUGCUAGUCUAGCGUUUCGAGUGUUCCAAUGUACGCAGUACGUACGUCAUGGGUCGGAACCUGACCACUCUCCUGAACCGGAUUGUGUGCACGAGUUGCUGGGUCAUGUUCCUAUGUUAGCUGACGCAGAAUUCGCUCAGUUCUCCCAGGACAUUGGACUAGCUUCUUUGGGUGCAGCGGACGAUGAUAUCGAGAAGUUGGCCACACUCUAUUGGUUUACUGUGGAAUUUGGACUUUGCAAUGAAGAUGGGCAAGUUCUAGCGAUAGGAGCGGGUCUUUUGUCGUCGUUCGGUGAACUGAUGCAUGCUCUCUCAGAUGUCCCCGAACAUCGUCCCUUUGUAGCUGAGACAACUGCUGUCCAGUCUUAUCAGGACCAAGACUACCAACCUAUAUACUUUGUAGCUGAAUCGUUUGAAGAUAUGAAAGAACGUAUGAGGAAGUUUGCUGCCAAUAUUCCAAGACCGUUUGAGGUUAGGUUUGAUCCAUAUACCCAGCGCAUUGAUGUCCUCAACAACACACGUGACCUACAAACUGUUACGAAAACCAUGCGAGAAGAUGUCACCAAGAUUCAUCUGGCACUGAAUAAAAUGACAUGUGGUACCGUGCGAUAAGUGCUGAUGUUAGUGCAAUUUAGCCUCUAGCAGGGGCCCUCUAGCUGUUAUAGUAAAGUAUAGUAGUAUAGACAUGUGUCAAGCCCAUUUAACCUCCUCAAAAUCAAAAGAUGUAGACAGCAAUGCACCCACGUGUACUCGCUACAUGAGGAAAUCUGUGGAUGUUCGUCCAUUUUGAUACUCGGAAGGCGCCUUGCGUAACAGAAUAGAUAUACUCGC